AUGCUAGAUAUGGCAGAAGCAUUCAAGUUCAAACUACUUCAAUCCACUCCUUAUUAUGCUCAGGCUAAUGAACAGGCAGAAUCAAGUAACAAAGUGAUCAUCAACAUUAUCAGGAAAAUGCUUGAGAAAAAUCCAAAGCAAUGGCAUGGGAAAUUAUCAGAAACUCUCUGGGCAUAUAGAACUUCAAAGAGAAAGGCAAUUGGCAUGACCUCAUAUGCUCUAACUUAUGGUCAUGAUGCAAUUCUGCCUAUGGAAAUAGCAGUCCAAUCUCUCAGAAUUGCUCAGCAACACAAUCUGAUUGGAGAAGACUACUCUCAAGCAAUGCUACUAGAACUAGAAGGUUUGGAUGCCACCAGAAUUGAUACCCUCAACAAACUCUUAGUAGGGAAACAGGUUGUAUCAAGGGUCUUCAACAAAAGAGUAAAAAACAAGACUUUUCAAGAAGAAGAAAUAGUCUGGAAAGCAGUUCUGCCCCUUGGAACUCAUGUGGAUGGUUAUGGAAAUGGUCACCUACUGGGGAAGAACCUUUCACAAUUCGAGAAAUUCUCGAAUUGGGGGCAUACAGGUUACAAGAUCGAGAUGGAGAUAUUAAUGUUGCGCCAAUCAAUGGUGAAUAGCUAA